AAAACACACACACACACACACAUAUAUAAUGGCUCUGUGUACACUUCCUUGUUCUGGGAGCUUGAGAAAGGGAUUAAGAGCUGAUUUUGAGAAGCACCCAAGUUUAUGUUCGCAAUGGCUAAAUGGGAUGGGUCUACAGUGUCUGGUCUUCUGCAAGAAUAAUCAGACAAGGAAAAGGUCAUCUGGGGUUUGUGCAUCACUUUCAGACAGAGGGGAGUAUUUCUCUCAUAAGCCAGCAACUCCUCUUUUGGACACUAUCAACUAUCCAAUCCACAUGAAAAAUCUCUCAGUAAAGGAAUUGAAACAGCUUGCAGAUGAGCUGCGUUCGGAUGUUAUUUUCAACGUGUCGAAAACCGGGGGUCAUCUUGGUUCGAGCCUAGGUGUUAUCGAGCUUACUGUGGCCCUUCAUUACAUUUUUAAUGCUCCUCAAGAUAGAAUACUUUGGGAUGUUGGCCACCAGUCUUAUCCUCAUAAGAUUUUGACCGGCCGAAGACAGAAAAUGCCGACUCUGAGACAGACGGAAGGCCUUUCAGGUUUUACUAAGCGGUCUGAGAGUGAUUACGACUGCUUUGGUACCGGUCAUAGCUCGACAACUAUAUCAGCUGGAUUAGUUUAUGCAUCAACCACUAUCUUUAAAUUUAAGAUAAUUUUCAAUACGUCCCUCGAGUUUGAAGGAUGGCCGUGGGAAGGGACCUUAAAGGCAGAAAGAAUCAUGUAGUGGCCGUUAUAGGCGAUGGUGCCAUGACAGCUGGCCAGGCAUACGAGGCAAUGAACAAUGCCGGCUACUUAGAUUCUGACAUGAUCGUCAUUCUUAACGACAACAAACAAGUCUCUUUGCCCACUGCUAAUUUGGAUGGCCCCACUCCUCCAGUUGGGGCUUUGAGUAGUGCUUUGAGCCGCUUACAGUCCAAUCGACCCCUCAGAGAACUAAGAGAAGUCGCCAAGGGAGUGACUAAGCAAAUUGGAGGGCCUAUGCAUGAGCUAGCGGCUAAGGUAGACGAAUAUGCUCGUGGGCUCAUCAGUGGAUCUGGGUCUACUCUGUUUGAGGAGCUCGGGCUUUACUACAUUGGCCCGGUUGAUGGUCACAAUCUCGAUGACCUGACAUCUAUUCUUAGAGAAGUUAAGAACACUAAGAUUACAGGCCCGGUUUUGAUCCAUGUUGUGACCGAGAAAGGCAGAGGAUACCCAUAUGCCGAGAAAGCUGCAGACAAGUAUCACGGCGUGACGAAAUUCGAUCCGGCAACUGGAAAACAAUUCAAAUCGAGCAUGCCAACUCAGUCUUACACGACCUACUUUGCAGAGGCCCUCAUAGCAGAAGCCGAGAAAGACAAGGAUAUAGUUGCCAUCCAUGCUGCAAUGGGAGGCGGCACAGGCUUGAAUCUCUUCGAGCGCCGUUUUCCAACUCGGUGCUUUGAUGUCGGCAUAGCCGAACAACAUGCAGUGACUUUUGCUGCAGGCUUAGCCUGUGAAGGCAUUAAACCCUUCUGUGCAAUCUACUCAUCUUUCAUACAAAGGGGUUACGAUCAGGUGGUGCAUGAUGUGGAUUUGCAGAAGCUUCCGGUGAGAUUCGCGAUGGAUAGAGCUGGAUUAGUUGGAGCUGAUGGGCCUACACAUUGUGGAGCUUUUGACGUUGCUUUUAUGGCGUGCCUUCCGAACAUGGUGGUGAUGGCUCCUUCGGACGAGGCUGAACUGUUCCACAUGGUUGCAACGGCUGCUGCCAUUGAUGAUCGUCCGAGCUGUUUUCGUUAUCCGAGAGGAAACGGAAUAGGAGUCGAGCUGCCGAAAGGAAACAAAGGCAUUCCCCUUGAGGUCGGUAAGGGCCGAAUAUUGAUGGAAGGGGAAAGAGUGGCUCUUUUGGGAUAUGGAACGGCUGUUCAGAGCUGUUUAGCUGCGGCUGCUUUAGUCGAGCCACACGGCCUGAAGCUGACGGUUGCGGAUGCUCGUUUUUGCAAGCCAUUGGAUCACUCGCUUAUUCGGGCCUUGGCUAAAUCACACGAGGUCUUGAUCACGGUUGAAGAAGGUUCGAUCGGUGGCUUUGGUUCGCAUGUUGCUCAGUUCAUGGCCCUGGAUGGACUUCUUGAUGGAAAGCUAAAGUGGAGGCCUCUGGUUCUUCCUGAUCGAUACAUAGAGCACGGUGCACCGGCCGAUCAAUUGAUGCAGGCGGGAUUGACACCGUCACAUAUAGCAGCAACCGUUUUUAAUAUACUCGGAAAAGCUAGGGAAGCUCUUGAGAUCAUGUCUUAGUACUAAUCAUUAACUGAAAUUGUAUGAACCGGCUUUAGUUCGACAUAUGUAUUUUUCAUCUUGCUACUUUCUGAUUCUGAGCUUAUGCUGAGCUCGGGUUUGUAUAAUAGUCUCUUUCAUGUAUAGAGGUUUGUGGUUUGUUGAAGAAUAGUCUCUUUCAUUGCAAAAUUUGGUAAAUUGAACUACUUGUCUUUCAUUGCAAAAUAGUCUCUUUCAUUUCACAGUUAUAUAUGAAAUCCACUCUAGGUAGCCAAUCCCGGCUUGAGUGAACCUC